AUGGCUGCUGGCAUGGAAGAAAAGACUGUCGGCCUCUCCCGCGCCGACAGCACCAAUAGCAACAAGCUCGGCCAGGUCGAGUCGGGCAACAAUGCCGCCGUUGCACAGCAGUACGGUGAGACCGUUCGUGGUCUAAGCCCUCGUCAUGUUCAGCUCAUGGCCAUUGGAGGUUCCAUCGGUACUGGUCUUUGGGUCGGUAUCGGCGGUGUCCUCUCCAAGGCCGGCCCUCUCUCGCUCGUCCUCGGAUACACCUUCUGGGGUCUCCUCUUCAUCUGGCCCCUCAACCUGUCCGUCGCCGAGAUGUGCGCCUACCUGCCCAUCCGCGGCUCCAUCUUCGAACUCGCCUCUCGCUUUGUUGACCCUGCUCUCGGAUUCGCCAUGGGAUGGACCUACUUCUUCGCUGGUCUCAUGCUCGUGUGUACAGAAUACAGCGCCGUCGCAACCGUCAUUCAAUACUGGAACUCCGACAUCAACGCCGCCGCUUGGAUCGCCGUCGCCAUGGUCUCGUGUGUCGCCGUCAACUUGAUUGCAGUCAAGUACUACGGCGAGUCCGAGUUCAUCAUGGCUUCAACCAAGGUCGUCCUCUUGAUCGGUCUGUGCCUCGUCACCCUCGUCACCAUGUCCGGCGGCAACCCCAUGCACGAUGCCUACGGCUUCCGCAACUGGGGCGAUGGCAACUACAUCCACUCCUACUUCACCGACGGUGCGACGGGUCGAUUCCUGGGUUGGUGGAAGGUCGUCAUCUACGCCGCCUUCACCAUUGCCGGCCCCGACAUGAUUGCCCUGGCCGCUGGCGAGAUCCAGAACCCCCGCCGCACCAUCCCUCGCGUCGCCAAGCUCAUCUUCUACCGUCUUGUCGGCUUUUACGUCGUCGGUGUCCUCUGCGUCGGCAUCAUCUGCUCCUCCCGCGACCCCGGUCUGCUGGGUGCCAUUGAGAACGGCGAGCCCGGUGCCGGUGCCUCCCCCUGGGUUGUGGGUAUCAAGAACCUGCACAUCAAGGCUCUUCCCGACAUCAUCAACGCCUUCAUCCUGCUUUCCGGAUGGUCCUGCGGUAACGCCUACCUAUACUCCUGCUCCCGAACCCUCUACGGUCUCGCCCGCGACGGCCAGGCCCCCAAGUUCCUCCAGAAGUGCACCAAGGCCGGCGUGCCCAUCUACUGCGUCCUCGCCGUCACGCUCAUCUCGUGCAUCACCUUCCUCGUCUCCUCCAACGCCGCCGUCGAGGUCUUCUUCUGGUUCGUCGACCUGACCACGACCGCCCUCAUCAUGACCUACACCUUCAUGCUCAUCACCUACAUGGGCUUCUACCGCGCCCGCGUCGCCCAGAACUUCCCUCCCGAGACGCUGCCCUACAUCGCGCCCUUGACGCCCUGGUUCCCCGCCCUGGCCCUGCUUUUGGGUUUCCUCGCCCUCAUCUUUGUCGGCUUCGACAACUUCUACCCCUUCAGCGUCCGCGGCUUCAUCACGUCCUACUUUGGCUUCAUCUUUGGCGUCUUCACGUUUGUCAUCUGGAAGGUCCUCAAGCGCACGCGCUUUGUCCAGCCCAAGGAGGCCGACCUCCUCAGCGGAAAGGCCGAGGUCGAUGCCGAGUGCAGACAUUGGGAGGAGGGUGGUAUUGAGGAGGUGGAGAGAGCGAGACUGGCCCAGAUGUCUGUUGCCCGCAGAACCUGGGAGAAGAUGUGGUAA